CGCGCAGGUGCAUCGCGCAAUCACCUGGCCGGACACCUGUCGGCACACCUGGCCGCACACCUGGCCGCACACCUGGCCGCACACCUGGCCGUCGUGGCAGCGGCGCCCUGGGCCCUCCCUGCACAGAAAUGGCGGGGUCCCGGCGGCUGCCGCUGCUGAUCAUAGCCCUGGCCCUGCUGCUGAAAUCCUCUGGAAGCGAAGACUCUCCAAGCACUGCAGCCGUUUCAUCAGUGCAGACGGAAACAAAAGCCUUAUCCGCUACCCCUGAAAUCUCUUCUUCCUCCGACCCCGGCUCCUCAAGUCCUGGGGGGACCUCCAUCCCCCAGUCCGGCUCCCCAAGUACCGAGGAAGUCAGCACAGCCCAGUCCAGUCCGGCCCCAGCAGGUUCUGGGACGGCCUCUGGCUCCCCGGAACCGCACCCCACGACAGUCACCCACGCCGGCUCGGAGUCCCCCAGUUCAGAGCUCACUCCAGCGUCCGACUCCGCACCCCCGAUCCCGCCCCGGACCCCCUCCUCCUCCAUGCCCGUCCAGGGGGCCACUCAGACCCGCACCUCACACAGGAACCCGGGCGUGGUGGUGGCCGUGUGUGUGCUGGUGUCGGUGGUGAUCAUCGGGUCCGUGUUGCUGGUCGUGAGAGGACGCCACCGGGACACAUCCGAGUUCCUUGUGCUGGACGAGGACAGUGUGAACCGUCGGCCGUCCAUCACCCUGCCGCCCCCCGAGUGACUGUGGCUGGGCUGGGAGAGAUGUGGGCUUUGCAGCUGGGCACCCGGGAGGGCUCAGCCAAGGCCCACAGCUGCCACCGGGCCAGCGUGGCGAAGCUGGCAGGCACCUGCGUCCUGGCUCCUCUGCUCAGGAGGCUGAGGCAGGAGGAUUGUUUGAGCCUAGGAGUUCAAGACCAGCCUGGGCAACAUAUCGAGACUCUCUCCAACAAUAAGAGAAUGAACUACCAAAUAAAUAAAAUCCCAGGUGCUCACCGAGGCCUCCUGUGCCUGGAUGCCUGUGAGCAGCCUUCACUGAGCAA